CUUUCUCCCCCUCCUGCUCCAGAAAUGCUUUCUCUGAAGAAAUACUUCACCGAAGGCCUCAUCCAGUUCACCAUCCUGCUCAGCCUGAUCGGCGUGCGCGUGGACGUGGACACCUACCUGACCUCGCAGCUCCCCCCGCUCCGGGAGAUCAUCCUUGGCCAGAGCUCCGCUUACACCCAGACCCAGUUUCACAACCUGAGGAACACCUUGGACGGUUAUGGCAUCCACCCAAAGAGCGUAGACCUGGACUAUUACUUCACCGCCCGCAGGCUGCUCAACCAGGUGAGGGCCCUGGACAGGUUUCAGGUGCCCACCACCGAAGUCAGCGCCUGGCUGGUGCACAGAGACGCCGAGAGCUCCGUGGCUGGGGCUCAGCCCAGCGCCGGCAUCGCCCUAGAGAACGGCAGCGGCCUCCAGGAUGGGAGCAGCCCCGACGCCGGGGUGAGGGAGAGCGGAGCUGAGCAAGGCUUUGGGGAGGAACUGGAAGAUCUGGGAGCGGUGGCUGCCCCUGUCAAUGGCAACCUGACCAAAGAGGACAUCGAUUUGAUUGACAUCCUGUGGAGACAGGACAUCGAUCUGGGCGCCGGGCGAGAGGUGUUCGACUACAGCCACCGGCAGAAGGAGAGCGAAGUGGACAAAGAGCUGAGCGAUGGGGACGGCUGGAGGAGAGAGCUCCUGGCCAGGAACCUCUUAGUUGAUGGGGAGACCGGGGAGAGGUUCCCUGCGCAGGUGCCCGGUGCGGAGGAUCAGACAGCGCUGUCCCUGGAGGAGUGCCUUAGGCUGCUGGAGGCCACCUUCCCGUUUGGGGACAAUUCGGAGUUUCCAGCCGCGGAUGUGCCCACCCUGAGCGAAGCCGUGCCCGGCGAGAGCCGGCCCGCGGGCGGCCAGCCCGGCCUGCUCCCCCCCCUGCUCGCCGAGGCCGAGUCGCCCUUCGACCUGGAGCAGCAGUGGCAGGACCUCAUGUCCAUCAUGGAGAUGCAGGCUAUGGAAGUGAACACCACGGCCGCUGAGCCCCUGUACAACGGCACGAGCGGGGACCUGCUGGCCUCCAACUACAGCCUCGCCCCCAACACUCCCAUCAACCAGAACGUCAGCCUGCAUCAGGCCUCCCUGGGUAGCUGCUCGCAGGACUUCUCCCUCUUCAGCUCCGAGAUCGAAAGCCCCUCCAUGGCCGGCGGCUCAGCCCUGCUCCAGCUGGCGCCGGACAACUCCACCGGCCUCAACAGCACCUUCGGCUCCACCAACCUGAGCGGCAUCUUCUUCCCCCCGCAGCUCAACGGCACCGGCAAUGAGACAGCGGCCCCCGAGCUGCCCGACCCGCUGGGGGGGCUCCUGGAUGAAGCCAUGCUGGACGAGAUCAGCCUGAUGGACUUGGCCAUUGAGGAGGGCUUCAACCCGGUGCAGGCCUCGCAGCUGGAAGAGGAGUUUGACUCCGACUCAGGUCUUUCUCUGGAUUCUGGCCACAGUCCUGCUUCUCUGAGCAGCUCCGAAGCCUCCUCCUCCUCCUCCUCUUCUUCCUCCUCGUCCUCUUCCUCCUCCUCCUCGUUUUCCGAGGAAGGAGCCGUCGGCUACAGCUCCGACUCUGAAAACGUGGACUUUGAAGAAGCGGAAGGGGCGGUUGGCUACCAGCCAGAGUACAGCAAGUUCUGCCGCAUGAGCUACCAGGACCCAUCGCAGCUCCACUACCUGCCUUACCUGGAGCACGUUGGCCACAACCACACCUACAACAUGGCCCCGGGGGCCCUGGAUCCCGAGGAGCCCAAACUGCCCAGCACCGGGAAGAAGAGCAGCAAGGAGAAACCGUCCGAGUUCCUGGACAAGCAGAUGAGCAGGGACGAGCAUCGCGCCCGUGCCAUGAAGAUCCCUUUCACCAACGACAAGAUCAUCAACCUGCCCGUGGAGGAGUUCAACGAGCUCCUCUCCAAGUACCAGCUCAGCGAGGCUCAGCUCAGCCUCAUCCGCGACAUCAGGAGGCGAGGCAAGAACAAGAUGGCUGCGCAGAACUGCCGCAAGAGGAAGCUGGACACCAUCCUCAACUUGGAACGGGACGUGGAGGACUUGCAACGGGACAAGUCCAAACUGCUCAGGGAGAAAGUGGAAUUCCUUAAAUCCAUUCGCCAGAUGAAGCAGAAAGUGCAGAACCUUUACCAGGAGGUCUUCGGCCGCCUGCGGGAUGAGAACGGGCAGCCCUACUCGCCCAGCCAGUACGCGCUGCAGUACGGCACCGACGGCAGCGUGCUCCUCAUCCCGCGCGCCGCCGCCGAGCAGCCGGCGCGGCGCCAGGACCGCAAACAGAAGGACCGGAGGAAGUGAGGGGAUGGGCGCCGCGGGAGGAGCGGGACACUCGUUCAACCGGGAGAACUGGAGAAGGGCUGAGCCUGGAAGUACUUAGAGGAACUUUCAAUGCCUUCUUAUCCGAUCCUAUCUUCAAACCACGACCCACACCAACCCAACCCACACGAGCAAAGGGGACUGCUGCCGGCGGGAGACACUGCGGGACCUGCGGGCGGAGCGCUGGGGGCUGCCCGCCGCCGGAAUUCCACAGCUUUGGAAUCCUUUGAGCGCAGGACACGAGCUGGCAGCACUGGCGGUGGGCUUGGCAGAGGCGGAUAAACAAACUACUGUUAGGAACUGGCUUUAAAUAAGAGAAACAAAAAAGAGAUUUAAGCAAAUGAACUUAAACCAAGUGAUAGGAGAGACAUUUUCUGAACUUCCAAAGUUCUGUGAUUUCAGGUAGUUGGUUUAUUAUUAUUUUUCCCUAUUUUAUUUUCCCUUAUUUUUUUUUCUGGUUUUGGUUCUUUUCCUUGUUUUUCCUUUCCCUCAACCCCUUUUUGCCAUCGGUGUGUGUGACUCGAUCCGACUGAAUUCCAGAUUUACCCAGCAUCCCUUCCUAGAGCAGACCGGUGCACACAUGGCAACGCGCGUGCUGUGACUUCCAAUUAACCCUUGCCAGGCUUGAGGAAGCUCACAGGGAGAACCGGGUACGUGUGGAGGAGCUGUGGAGGGCUUUCGGGAAGGGGGGCACUGGAGAGGGGUAACAGAACCGCUGUGCUCCGGGUCCCCCCCCCAUCACCACACUCAGAGCAUGUCACUGCCGCCGCGCUGGUCCGGCACACGCAGCAGCCUGCAUGCAAACGCUGUCGUCUCCCAUCCGAGGGCCGGGAGCUG